AGAGAGAGAGAGGAGGUGGAUAUAAACGCUUUCAUCCAAACUUCCAAUUCUAAAUUCCAGCCUCUCGAAUAUCCGAACAGAAGACAGAGUUAAUGACUGACUGGCUGCACCGUUAUUAAAUGGGACCGAGUUGAACGGAGAUUUUCUGUUUGAAAUCCGUAAAAGACAUUAGGACGGGGCUUCUUGACUUUCUUAGAGUGAAAAUAAUAGAGACACCCCCCUGCGGUCCAAACGGUGAAGAGUUAUUUAAAGAGUUAUUCUAUAUGGAUGGAUUAUGAACGGACUCAUUGGUAGCCUGAUGCAGUGAAACAAUGUAGUUUAUCAACUCUGUGGCAACUUCCAUCGGUGUUUUAAUGAUGAUUGCGGCUUUCAUUCCGGAAUCUGUUCGUUAUUUCAAUGCACCACAAACUCUCACCAGAGUUUCCUGCUCUUGGUUCCGUGGUGGUUUUAUCAGCAGAAAGCCACAGAGAGCCGAGCAGGGAGGUUGUCCUGCUACAGCCUGCCGGAGUGAAGAGUAGCUGUCUGGGAUUGUUUGUUCAGAAGACUAGUGAUCCUACAGCGGCAUCAGGACGAGACGGUGGCAGCGCGACACAAAACAAAGGCUGGAUGACGCAUUACAUCGGGUAGCAUACCUGCGCAUGGGAUUUGACUUUGUGUUUUGCUUCCUUGAUUCAACUGAUAUUUUAAUUGCAUUAUCAGAUCCCGUCAGUUGUGCGCCAUGGCGGAGGUUGGGGGCUUUCUAGGUACACUCGACUUGGAUUUACAGAGUUUCCCCGCACUAGGAAGUAUGCCCUUGGCAGAGGCGCCAGCGGGGUUACUGGAUGAGAGGCUGGGACAGAUCGAGGGGAGGUUACAGCGAGGCUCGCUGACAGAUUUCGAGCACCUUAAAGGGAUUCUGCGGCGGAGGCAGCUGUAUUGUCGAACCGGAUUCCAGCUGGAGAUAUUCCCCAACGGGACCGUGUACGGGACAAGACAGGACCACAGCAGAUUCGGUAUCCUAGAGUUCAUCAGUCUGGCUGUAGGGCUGGUCAGUAUUAGAGGAGUGGACGCAGGACUCUACCUGGGCAUGAACGAGAGAGGAGAGCUCUAUGGGUCGAAGAAGUUAACAGCGGAGUGCGUGUUCAGAGAGCAGUUUGAGGAGAAUUGGUACAACACAUACGCCUCUACGCUCUACAAACACACCGACACCGGACGCUUCUACUACGUAGCGCUCAACAAGGACGGCUCGCCACGGGAGGGGGGGAGGACGAAGAAACACCAGAAACUAACGCACUUCCUGCCUCGGCCUGUGGAGAUAGAAAAGAUCCCCCAGGCUUACAGAGAUCUGUUCCAAUACAGGUGACCAGGGCUGAGCCUGGGAGAGAGGGAUGAGGAGGAGGAAAGGGAGAAGAGAGGUGGAUGUUUGGCACUAAGGACAGGACUCAGUACUCCCACUGACCUCGCUCCCCUGUCUCCAGCCCCGACCCCCAACAAAGGUGUUUAUGUAUUGUCUUUCCAGCCCCCCCAAAAACCCUCCCGUUCCUCCGAGAACCAACGACCAGAGAGAUAAACAUAACUUGUGUUGCUGGACAUUAACUUUCUAAAAGGGCUGUUUGACCUCAGAGGGGUCAGAGCAGAGCAGUGGAAACGCUCUUCUCUCCAGCAACUGAGGAGGAGGAGGAGGGGGGAGGUCCUACUACAGGGAGGUGUCAUUAGGCCCAUAAGACCUCACUCUGGAGGAGAGCACAGAGUCGAGCGGAGGAGAUAAUCUCUUCACUAAACGGAUAGGAGAGAGAGAUGGAGGGAGAGAGACUGGACUGGCGUCAGGCCUGUAUGACUGCCUAACCCACCCUGGGAUAACCGCAGGUUAAAACCACCUGAACCACUAACCACCUGAAGAAGACAAAGACUUCUCCUGAUGAGAACCACUUUUAUACAUAAGAUACUUAACCAGCAUUCACUGCAAAUAUAAAAAGGGUUUGGGGUUAGUCCUCAGCAGUUUGAGUAAGGGGUCUGAGGACUAUUAAUGAGAUGACUAGCUGAGAUGACCAGUGGACACUACAAUAGCCAAGCCAUUCACCAGAGCAACCAGAGAACUCCAGGGAGCGAGCGAGGGAUUGACCAAUGGAAGUUGAGAGAAUGUCAGAAUGUUCUAAAGCAACGUGUAGAGAGAACUCAUCUUCUGACUAGUCAUUGUGAUGUCAGUGUUCUAAAUCAACGUGUAGAGAACUCAUCUUCUGACUAGUCAUUGUGAUGUCAGAGUGUUCUAAAUCAACGUGUAGAGAACUCAUCUUCUGACCAGUCAUUGUGAUGUCAGAGUGUUCUAAAUCAACGUGUAGAGAACUCAUCUUCUGACUAGUCAUUGUGAUGUCAGAGUGUUCUAAAUCAACGUGUAGAGAACUCAUCUUCUGACCAGUCAUUGUGAUGUCAGAGUGUUCUAAAUCAACGUGUAGAGAACUCAUCCUCUGACUAGUCAUUGUGAUGUCAGAGUGUUCUAAAUCAACGUGUAGAGAACUCAUCUUCUGACUAGUCAUUGUGAUGUCAGAGUGUUCUAAAUCAACGUGUAGAGAACUCAUCUUCUGACCAGUCAUUGUGAUGUCAGAGUGUUCUAAAUCAACGUGUAGAGAACUCAUCUUCUGACUAGUCAUUGUGAUGUCAGAGUGUUCUAAAUCAACGUGUAGAGAACUCAUCUUCUGACUAGUCAUUGUGAUGUCAGUGUUCUAAAUCAACGUGUAGAGAACUCAUCUUCUGACUAGUCAUUGUGAUGUCAGAGUGUUCUAAAUCAACGUGUAGAGAACUCAUCUUCUGACCAGUCAUUGUGAUGUCAGAGUGUUCUAAAUCAACGUGUAGAGAACUCAUCUUCUGACCAGUCAUUGUGAUGUCAGAGUGUUCUAAAUCAACGUGUAGAGAACUCAUCUUCUGACUAGUCAUUGUGAUGUCAGAGUGUUCUAAAUCAACGUGUAGAGAACUCAUCUUCUGACUAGUCAUUGUGAUGUCAGGGCUGAACUGGGACAGAGAGAGAGAGAGAGUACACUACUACCUAGUAUGUAUAUGUGAUGGAGACAGAUUGGCCAUGAGGGAGUAUCCAGGUGAAACAGGGUUGGCAGAACUUGGCACAUAAGUGAUAUGAUCAAUGUAAAGAGAUGUGAUAAGCUGAGAUACAUGUAAAACUUAUUGACUAUGUGAUAAAUGUACAACAUUAAUACAGUAGGACAGUCAAGGACAUGGAUGGUGCAGCUAGAUUGCAGUUCAAUGAAAUACCUAUGACAAUGAAUGAGAAAUCGUGAAAAGAAUAGGCUUGUAAUUGAGACAAACUAAAAGAGAAAAAAUCAGACAAUGUCAGACAUGGGAAUAUGAAAGAGCACUUACUAUUUGCCUCUACAUGGUCAAAUUGACUGCCCCCUUAGCAGGCCAACCAAACAGCCUUCUCCUCUCUGAUACAGACUAUCCUCACACUCGUAAUAAUAGCAGAUGUUGUGGCAUCAAGAAAGACUAGAAGAUGCUGUAUGUAGACAACAGUGAGGUUACACUACCAGACUAGGGAGGUUACACUACAGUGAGGUUACACUACUAGACUACAGUGAGGUGACACUACUAGACUACAGUGAGGUUACACUACCAGACUACAGUGAGGUUACACUACCAGACUAGGGAGGUUACACUACAGUGAGGUUACACUACUAGACUACAGUGAGGUUACACUACCAGACUACAGUGAGGUUACACUACCAGACUAGGGAGGUUACACUACAGUGAGGUGACACUACUAGACUAGGGAGGUUACACUACCAGACUAGGGAGGUUACACUACAGUGAGGUUACACUACUAGACUACAGUGAGGUGACACUACUAGACUACAGUGAGGUUACACUACCAGACUACAGUGAGGUUACACUACCAGACUAGGGAGGUUACACUACAGUGAGGUUACACUACUAGACUACAGUGAGGUUACACUACUAGACUACAGUGAGGUUACACUACCAGACUAGGGAGGUUACACUACAGUGAGGUGACACUACUAGACUAGGGAGGUUACACUACCAGACUAGGGAGAUUACACUACAGUGAGGUUACACUACUAGACUACAGUGAGGUGACACUACUAGACUACAGUGAGGUUACACUACCAGACUACAGUGAGGUUACACUACCAGACUAGGGAGGUUACACUACAGUGAGGUUACACUACUAGACUACAGUGAGGUUACACUACCAGACUAGGGAGGUUACACUACAGUGAGGUGACACUACCAGACUAGGGAGAUUACACUACAGUGAGGUUACACUACUAGACUACAGUGAGGUGACACUACUAGACUACAGUGAGGUUACACUACCAGACUACAGUGAGGUUACACUACCAGACUACAGUGAGGUUACACUACUAGACUACAGUGAGGUUACACUACAGUGAGGUUACACUACCAGACUACAGUGAGGUUACACUACUAGACUACAGUGAGGUUACACUACAGUGAGGUUACACUACCAGACUACAGUGAGGUUACACUACCAUACUACAGUGAGGUUACACUACUAGACUACAGUGAUGUUACACUACCAGACUACAGUGAUGUUACACUACCAGACUACAGUGAGGUUACACUACCAGACUAGGGAGGUUACACUACAGUGAGGUUACACUACCAGACUAGGGAGGUUACACUACAGUGAGGUUACACUACUAGACUACAGUGAGGUGACACUACUAGACUACAGUGAGGUUACACUACCAGACUACAGUGAGGUUACACUACCAGACUAGGGAGGUUACACUACAGUGAGGUUACACUACUAGACUACAGUGAGGUUACACUACUAGACUACAGUGAGGUUACACUACCAGACUAGGGAGGUUACACUACAGUGAGGUGACACUACUAGACUAGGGAGGUUACACUACCAGACUAGGGAGAUUACACUACAGUGAGGUUACACUACUAGACUACAGUGAGGUGACACUACUAGACUACAGUGAGGUGACACUACCAGACUACAGUGAGGUUACACUACCAGACUACAGUGAGGUGACACUACUAGACUACAGUGAGGUUACACUACCAGACUACAGUGAGGUUACACUACCAGACUACAGUGAGAUUACACUACCAGACUACAGUGAUGUUACACUACCAGACUACAGUGAGGUUACACUACUAGACUACAGUGAUGUUACACUACCAGACUACAGUGAUGUUACACUACCAGACUACAGUGAGGUUACACUACUAGACUACAGUGAGGUUACACUACCAGACUACAGUGAGGUUACACUACCAGACUACAGUGAGGUUACACUACUAGACUACAGUGAUGUUACACUACUAGACUACAGUGAUGUUACACUACCAGACUACAGUGAUGUUACACUACCAGACUACAGUGAGGUUACACUACCAGACUACAGUGAGGUUACACUACCAGACUACAGUGAUGUUACACUACCAGACUACAGUGAGGUUACACUACAGUGAGGUUACACUACCAGACUACAGUGAGGUUACACUACAGUGAGGUUACACUACUAGACUACAGUGAGGUUACACUACCAGACUACAGUGAGGUUACACUACCAGACUACAGGGAGGUUACACUACAGUGAGGUUACACUACCAGACUACAGUGAGGUUACACUGCCAGACUGCAGUGAGGUUGCACUAGAGUGAGGUUACACUAGAGUAAGGUUACUGUAGAAGAGAUGUAGAACAGAGUGAGAGCUGUAGAUCAGAGGGGGAGCUGUAGAGCAGAGGGAGAGCUGUAGAUCAGAGGGAGAGCUGUAGAUCAGAGGGAGAGCUGUAGAGCAGAGGGAGAGCUGUAGAGCAGAGGGAGAGCUGUAGAGCAGAGGGAGAGCUGUAGAGCAGAGGGAGAGCAGUAGAACAGAGGGAGAGCAGUAGAACAGAGGGAGAGCAGUAGAACAGAGGGAGAGCAGUAGAACAGAGGGAGAGCUGUAGAGCAGAGUGAGAGCUGUAGAACAGAGGGAGAACAGAGUGAGAGCUGUAGAGCAGAGUGAGAGCUGUAGAGCAGAGUGAGAGCUGUAGAGCAGAGUGAGAGCUGUAGAACAGAGUGAGAGCUGUAGAACAGAGGGAGAGCUGUAGAACAGAGGGAGAACAGAGGGAGAGCUGUAGAACAGAGGGAGAGCUGUAGAACAGAGGGAGAGCUGUAGAGCAGAUUGAGAGCUGUAGAGCAGAGGGAGAGCUGUAGAACAGAGGGAGAGCUGUAGAACAGAGGGAGAGCUGUAGAGCAGAGUGAGAGCUGUAGAACAGAGGGAGAGCUGUAGAACAGAGGGAGAGCUGUAGAACAGAGGGAGAGCUGUAGAACAGAGGGAGAACAGAGGGAGAGCUGUAGAACAGAGGGAAAACAGAGGGAGAGCUGUAGAACAGAGGGAGAACAGUAGAACAGAGAGAGAGCUGUAGAACAGAGGGAGAGCUGUAGAACAGAGGGGGAGCUGUAGAACAGAGGGAGAGCUGUAGAACAGAGGGAGAGUUGUAGAGCAGAGUGAGAGCUGUAGAGCAGAGUGAGAGCUGUAGAGCAGAGGGAGAGCUGUAGAGCAGAGGGAGAGCUGUAGAGCAGAGGGAGAGCUGGAGAGCAGAGGGAGAGCUGUAGAGCAGAGGGAGAGCAGAGGGAGAGCUGUAGAGCAGAGGGAGAGCUGUAGAGCAGAGGGAGAGCUGUAGAGCAGAGGGAGAGCUGUAGAGCAGAGGGAGAGCUGUAGAGCAGAGGGAGAGCUGUAGAGCAGAGGGAGAGCUGUAGAGCAGAGGGAGAGCUGUAGAGCAGAGGGAGAGCUGUAGAGCAGAGGGAGAGCUGUAGAGCAGAGGGAGAGCUGUAGAACAGAGGGAGAGCUUUGGAACGGACAGACCAGAGAGAGAAAGGGACUUGUAAUGUUCAGCCUGUACAGAGGAACAUUAUUAAAAUACAACCAGCUGAGAUGUACAUAUGAAUGAUCCUAUUUAUGAGAUGUACUAUAUAUUUAUUUUAUUACAUAUAAAGUAUAAAUAAAUCUAUAUUCUAUUUAUUUAUUGCAAAGACUCUAUUUUGUAAUGAACUUGAAGUUAUCACAACUGUAGAUUCUACUGAAAACCGCUAUGAAAUGAAUAUUAAAUGAAUUUGGCA